GACCUCGAGGACUUGAGCUCUUGUACCUUAUCAAUCUUAAUAAAUUUUUCUUUAAUUCACAUCCCUCCCCCAUUAUCUUUGGCACUUUGUUCCUCGUAGAUUUCACGGCGUCAUCUGAAAAUUUAAUUACGAACGAGGAUGAUUAACAAAACGAAGUGGAUGGCAAUAUGCACCUUUUGGGUGAUAUUGCUGGUUUCCGCCGAGGGCAAACUGGUCCAGGAGGUUCCGUCUGGCUCGGGAUGGAACUGGGGUGGCUCGAAGUUCGGCCGUGCUCCGAUCUUAGAGAGAUUCUCUUGGAAGACGAUGGACUUUGCAUAUCCGGAUGAGAGCAGCAGGCAGCUGGCGAUAGCGAGAGGCGACUUCGUACCGGAGAACGCACUUCCGGUGGGCAUCGAGAUCUGGAGGAACAAACUCUUCGUUACGAUACCGAGAUGGCGAGGAGGUAUUCCCGCUACCUUAAAUUACAUAUCGCUGGAUACGAAUCUGGGUGGGUCGCCAAAAUUGACGCCGUGGCCAAACUGGGUUCAAAAUGUUGCUGGUUCCUGCGGCAAUUCUCUCACUACCGUUUACCGAAUUCAUGCGGACCAGUGCGACAGACUCUGGGUCCUGGAUACCGGUACUAUCGGUAUUGGCAAUACCACGCAACAGGCGUGUCCGUACACCUUGAAUAUUUUUGAUCUGACCACCGAUAAGAUUUUGCGCCAGUACAGAUUACGGCCAGAUGACAUUAAUCAGAACACGUUCAUUGCUAACAUUGCCGUGGACUUAGGCACUGGUGGCUGCGACGACGCCUUCGCUUACAUGUCCGACGAGCUUGGCUAUGGCUUGAUCGUUUACUCCUGGGCCCAGAACAAAUCUUGGAGGGUCACUCAUAGCUUCUUCAUGCCCGAUCCCUUGGCUGGGGAUUACAACAUCGGCGGACUGAAUUUCCAGUGGGGCGAAGAGGGUAUCUUUGGCAUGAGUCUCUCAGGACUCAAGAGAGACGGCUUUAGGACCCUUUACUUUCAUCCGCUGAGCAGCAACAGGGAAUUUGCCGUCUCCACUCGAAUUCUGCGAAACGAACAACUUGCGCUUGAUAGCUAUCAUGAUUUCGAGGUACUACCCGACGGGGGAUCCCUUUUCCAUCGCACGUCCUCCGUUAUAGAUGAAAAUGACGUACAAUUCUUCAAUCUGAUCGAUCAAAAUGCUGUUGGUUGCUGGAACUCAUUGCUACCGUACAGUCCUGUCAAUCAUGCAGUUGUCGCCAGACACGACGAGGCUCUGAUCUUUCCUGCAGAUGUGAAGGUUAACCGGGGGGUGCUGUGGAUAAUCUCCGACAGGAUGCCAGUCUUCUUGAUCUCAACGUUAAAUUAUAACGAUGUCAAUUUUCGCGUACUCUGCGUUCCUGUUCGGGAAGCAAUUGCUGGUACGGCAUGCGAAAAUGCACAAUGGAAUUACAACAAUAAUCGACUGUGGUGGGACCGAAAAUAAUUUUCGAAAUUCUCGAACUUAAAAAUUUUCCAAACAAGUCCUUUCCCUUUGAUAUUUCAUCGCCUCCUCUCCCUCGAACCAAUUGCCAAAUACGAUCAACCUCACGCCAAGUAUAUUUAUCAUUGCCAAUUGCUGCAGCAUUCUACUUUCCUAUAUCUAUAUGGAAAUCUAAUACACGCUCAAGAUCAUACCAGUAAUUGAGAAAG